AUGAGUUCACUUCUGUCCGAAAGCGAUCUCAAUGACUUCAUAAGUCCUGGGCUUGCUUGCAUCAAACCUACAGAGACUACAAAGGAGGAACCCAAAGCAGGAAAUGAGCUGGAAGUGGGAAAAGAAUCCAACGACCUAGAAAAGGUUUCGAUCUCUUUGCAAGACUGUUUGGCAUGCUCCGGGUGCAUCACGUCAAGUGAGGAGAUCUUGUUGAGUCGGCAGAGCCAUACGGUGUUCAUGGAGGCCUGGAAAAACCUUCCGGAGGACACCCUGUUGGCAGUGAGCAUUCCCCCACAAUGCCGGCUCUCCUUGGCUCAGUACUACGGCAUGACGCUUGGAGCUUUCGACAACAGCUUUGUAAGUCUGAUGCGUAAUCAUUUUGGCGCGCGAUAUGUUGUAGGAACGCAAGUUGGUCGUAACAUCACUAUAAGGCAGACCAAUUCAGAGCUGGUAGAGAGAAAACAGUCACAGAAAACAAAUAGCCCGGCGUUGUGCGCCGUGUGUCCGGGCUUCGUACUUUACGCAGAGAAAACUAAGCCUGAACUGGUGCCUUACUUGUUGGAUGUCAAGUCCCCGCAGCAGAUCACCGGCUCCUUGUUGAAAGAGGCGGCACCGCAUAUCUACCAUCUUACAGUCAUGCCAUGCUUUGAUAAAAAGUUGGAGGCUAGUAGAAAGGAUGGUGAGGGUGAAGUGGACUGUGUCAUAACGCCUCGUGAACUUGUAAGCAUGUUACAAGAAUUGCAACUGGAUCUGAGGUCAUUCGUCAGCGAUGUUGAAGACAACUCUCUCAUAGAAACGUGCUCUCCGCCAGGAUGGGAUUACCGGGUGCACUGGGCCUCGAAUGAGGGCAGUAGCUCUGGAGGGUUCGCCUACCAGUACAUUCUUCAUCAGAGCAAGCUGUAUCCUGAUGCGGAGAUCUUAACGAUAGAGGGCAAGAACAGCGACAUCAGAGAAUACAGAUUGGUCGACGGAACUAAGACCGUGGCGUCUUCGAGCCAGUUGUACGGGUUCCGCAACAUUCAAAACAUGGUACGAAAGUUGACAAGUUCUGGCGCCUCUGCAAGAAAUGUCAAAGUGCUACGCAAAAGAGCAUCCGGCGGCGCACAACGUACUGGCACCGCUUCGCUGGUCGCGGACCCCACUAAGACGGAUUUUAUUGAGGUAAUGGCAUGUCCUGGCGGCUGUAUCAAUGGCGGAGGUCUAUUGAAUGGGGAACAGAACAGCACUAAGAGACGGGCGCUAGCCAAGAGCUUGGAAGCGGAGUACGAGCGAAGCAUCCCGCCGGUUCCGCUUGAGGAAAGUACAGGACACGAUCCAAGGGUCUACAAGUACACUUUCACCGCGGUCGAAAAGUCGUCAGACGUCGUAACUGUCGGCAACACAUGGUAA